AACUCCUAUUUAUAGAUCCGUUCUUGGCAUAUCCAGAAUAUAUUACGGAGUCCACGAAUUCUGACCAUCAUUUCUGAUGGCUAACUUGGUUGCACGAUAACAAACGGGGGAUGUUAGUAAUGCAAUGAACACACAAAUGUGUUCAUUGCGAGUGAGUUCUGGUGUUUCCCUUAGCCUUUUGAAGGGCAAGCCAUUGGGCGUGGUCUGUGGUAGUGUCUCACAGUGGACUUGUGGAGACCAAUACUGGAGACGGAGAGGAGGGGAAGAAAAUGGACGAGGAUUUGGGGGCCUUCGACCCCACCAUACCGGAGGAAGGCCCGUCGGCGCCCCCUGCUGGCUGGCUGGAUGAUGUGCAGGGAUACCAGGGCCAUGGAGGGGCAGACCCAGCCCAUAACCCCCUGUAUCCCCCCCCUCCGGCCUACAGCCCUCAGCCUGAGCUCAACAGGAACACCUCGGUGCCUGAAGUCAGGGUGCCGGUGGUGUCUGAGGACGAGGCCCGGACCGCUCUGCUGCAGUUUGUGGAGAGCAAGUGGAACUACAGCACCAAGCCGGCCAGGAACAUGACCUUCAGGACCCUGCAACCCGUGGUGGUCUACAGGUACUGGCUGGAGACGUACACAGAGACCAGGACCAGUGCCUGGACCAGCGAACCCUUCUCUGGGCAGACGGUGGACGGGCCCCAGUACGGGCUGAGCCCCCCUCCCUGGGAGGUCCCGGUUUCCCCCCCACAGAGAUACGAGGACCAGGUGCAGAUGACCCGGGUACCCCACUCCUCCUUCGUCAAGGUGUGUCACAAGUGUAACGGCUGUGGCAGAACGCGCUGCACCCAUUGCUCCGGUCGAGGCAGAAAGCGAUGCACCCGUUGCCAUGGAAACGGACGCAUCCGACGGAACGGGAAGAGUGCCAACUGUAUCUCUUGUCAUGGCAGAGGCCGCAAGACCUGUUCUUACUGCCACGGUCACGGUCACAAAACCUGCUCUGUCUGCGACGGAAAGCAGAACCUGAUGCACUUCAUCCAGCUGACCAUCACAUGGAAGAACAACAUUGAUAACUUCAUCCCGGACCGGCAGCCUGACUUCCCAGAUGAGAAGUUUUCCAAAGUGAAGGGAGACUCCUUCUUCGUGGACGAGAACCAGCUGGUGUACCCUAUCUAUGGCUUCCCUGACCAGGAGAUCUGCAACGCCUCCAAGAAGUUCAUCACCGACCACCUGGCCCGAUUCAGCUCCUCCUGCAGAAUCCUGCAACAGCGUCAGACCAUAGAGCUGGUGCCCCUGACCCACGCCAACUACACGUACAACGGGAAGAACUUCGACUACUUCCUGUACGGCCUGGAGAACAAAGUCUACGUCUCCAAGUACCCCACGGCCUGCUCCAUCAUGUAGCACCUCCUCCUGCUCCACCAGCACCUCCUCCUGCUCCACCAGCACCUCCUGCUCCAUCAUGUAGCACCUCCUCUUGCUCCACCACCACCUCCUCCUCCUCCAUCAAGUAGCACCGCCCGCCUCAAGUUCUGCGUCUUGAAGGAGGGUCCAGGACAAGCCCCACCCACCAAGCCUUUGUUAAAGGCGGGGUUAGGGGCGUGAACAACAUUCAGGCGAUCACAUGACCGCUCCACCAGUGUGCUACAGAGAGCCAGACCAAAGGUGGAGCGGAUCAGAGCUAUGUGGAGUUGAGAGGCUCCAAACAUCUGGACCCAAGCCCGUCUGGAGGUACAAACAAAUGUUCCAGGGGUUCAUUAAACUACGCAUCUGUGGUGUGUGUGUGUGUGUGUGCGUGUGCGUGUGUGCAUGUGUGGUUGCGUGGGGUCCUCACAGAGAGAUUUAGUUGGUUUUAAUAAGCUUGUAUGAAUGUGUUAUAUAUGUAGUCUGAAUCAGUAAAUGAUAUGUAAUUGUAUGGAUUACAUACAAUCACCAUACAUACAGGGUAUAUACAACGAUCUAGUAAACAGUGUCUUUAUCAAUUAAUGUUUGUUAACAUUUACUUUGAUAAAUUGUAUACAUUCUAACAAUUGUAAUCCUGUAUUUUACAGUUGCAUGAAUAUAUCAAGUACAAUAUCAUCAGAGCAAUGACAUAUCAACUCUCAUACCACAUGCUGCCAAAGUACGUUCUCUGUGUCUUCCAAAACCUCAAGGACCACAAACCACUCUUUACCAGUGGGUGUGUUCCGGUCCGCCUUCCUGUUUUUAACGUAUCAAACCCGUCUUAUCAGUCUCAGUCUUUCGGUACGGACACUCGGGACACGCCAUGUACAGACCACUGUGUGACUCAUGUCUGCUCCCUGUUCCUGGGGAGGGAUGUGGUCUGAGUGCCGGACGCUUCAGAACAGAUCUGUCCUGUGUUUGUUCCUCUGUUCCUCCAGUAGGAUGAGGAGAUCUAGUGUUCCACAAACUCGUCGUCCUCAGAUCACACUGCGGCUGAGUCAUCGUCAUUUUUAUCCUUUCAUAGAUUUGUUUUUAUUAUUUUUUUACUGAACGUACAGUCGAUGGAACCAUCACGACCCAUCUCCACACCAGAACGGACGUUCUUCUUCUGCUCAGGGCUGCUGGUUUACACGUUUUUUUACCUGAAGUUGUAAUCAUUAAAUGGUUUAAUCCUCACCUAUACGAGUUCUGCCUGUGUCUGUGUCUUCAUGCUUUGAGUGUUUCACGGCCUCCGGGUUUACGAAGAGAGGAGAGAGGAAGAGGAAGAGGGGGAACUCUGGGGACUGAGGGGGUCUUGGGGUUCGAUGAAGAUGUGUUUUGAAAAUAUUAGGGUCUCCUUUUUCAGACAAGGAUUCAUUUCAAACUUUUGUCCGACUUUUAAUGAUAUUCAAAUGUAUUCGGAUACCUCUGUAUGGUGUUCUCUUCAUGUUUCAACAAAUGUCAGGAAUUAUGUCACAAUCAAAUGUACUAGAAUGUCAUAUUAAAAUAAUCAUAUGGACUGA